GAUCAACGGCAAUUCAACGUAUCAACCUGUUUUCAACGUUGAUCCAACGCAACUGUGCCUGCUGGGUACUCAUUACUUCACAUUUAACAUGUCCACUGUAUUUAAUGUCACAUUUCUAUACAAACUAAAUAUCCUUUCAUACAACUCUUGCAGUUUUUUCAAAUUUCUAAUAAAAUUCCAACCUUAAUUUCUUUCUCUUUCACAGAUGGAGACCAAAGAAGUCAUUGUAAAAAAUGAGGCAACACCACUUAAUCAAAUGACGGUUACAGAUGACACAGGCUCAAUAACAGUCAAUUUGUGGAGAACAGCCACUACAUCCCCAGUUAAACUGGGAAGUCGUUUGUCAGUGGAGGGCAACCUCCACUUCAAUACAUAUGAAAACCAACUGGUAUGCCACGUCAAUUCACCAGAAAAUGUACAGAUUCAAGAAAGUGUCCGCAUAGAGAAAGCCAUCAAGUUAUUGGGGAUCAGUCAUGACCAGACAACUCAAGGCUUCCUUUUCUUUACUGAAGAAGAACAAGAAUUACAUAUGUCUUUGGAAGAAGCAAGAAAAAUAUGGCCACACCCUUCAGAGGAUGAAAUCAGCACAACCCUACCAAUGAAUAUUACAUGUGCAAUAACUGAAGGACAAAUGACAGAUGUAGCAAUACAGGGUAAUUGCUAAAAUUUUUGACUCCCAUCAUGCCAUACCAUAUACUAUUAAUACUAUAAUCAAAAUUAUAACUUUCCUUAUUUUAAUAACUUAAUAUGAGACGCUAACUGAAACAACAAUGUAAUAUGUGCAUACAUACACAGCUAUUGAUCUAGUCCUCUGCUUCCUUCGCAGUGCUGUGAAAAAACUGUUAAAAUAUACAUAAAAUCCUACAUUUUUUCAAAAUUUUCAAACUAUGAUCAUGUACCGCCACAUAAUGAUUUUAAAGCCUCACUCAGAGUUUUCCAUUUUUUUAUCUUCAAUGUUCAUUGAUAUGACACAAACAUUAUCUUAGCAUAUAACAACUGACAGUACCUCUUGUUACUGUUAUGCAUUUAACUGUAACUUAUAUUAGCUUUUCAUUAAUUACACAGAUAUAAAACCUUCAGACAUAAGCCAGCCCACCAUGCCAGAGCCAGGUACCUCUCUCAGCCAGCCCACCAUACCAGAGCCAGGUACCUCUGUUUGAAAUAGCAUUAUGGUAAGCUUGCUUUCCUUUUCAUUGUAAUAUAACUGCUGAAUAACAUUAUAUUGCUUCAACCAAAAAUCAGCUCUAAGCAAAUGAA